AAUCUAUGCAGUCUUCAACAAAUCUUACUCUAACUACUUUCUUUCUACAAGGUUCUAUCCAGGUGAUACCACUUUAAUACAUCGCCAUACACCACCACUCCAUCCAUAAUAUACGUCAUACAAUGGAGAGUGAAAGCAAUCCGCACACUCCAGUCGCGAUAACACCUCCUGACGGUGAGUCUAGGCCUGAAACUGCACAAACCACCAAUCACGUUAGUUCAACAGCCUCGUUGCCAUUACCCGAUGACAGCGACGACGAUGACCAGGAUUUAAUUGAACACAACAAUACGCUUGAAUCAACUAAUAAACUUUUGCAUGAUUUAGAACGGAAAUUAGCCCCAUUCUCCCCCACUGCAUCAGUAUCAUCCUCACAAUACACACAAACCGAUUCCGUAGUACACAAUCCCAAUCACGCUGGAUUAGGAAAACUGACAAUCUCAAGCUCAGUAUUACAAUAUAUUAUCAAUAAUGACGACGACGACGAAGAAGAUGCAACCAAAAGAAUUCAUAACAACAUCUUUGACCCAAACGAAUUGUUCAAUGAACGAAAUAAUAAAUUUAUGACCAAGUUUGGAAAAGGAUAUAACGACGAUAAAGUACAUCAACAGCGAAAAUUAACUCGAAAGAAUUCUUUAAAGGUGAAUCAAGAUAGAUUAGUCAAGAAAUCAAGUGAUGCUUCAUUGAAUGGACAUAUUGUGAAUGAUAAUACUUCUGUACGGUCAAUGGAAGCUAUACACGUAGACAACAUUGAUGACGACGAAGAUGAAGAUGAAGACUAUAUAUCGGAAUCUAAUAAUGAUGAUGAUGAUGAUGAUUAUGAUGACUCUGAUUUGGAUAGUCGAAAUGACGAAGAUACAGAAGAUUUCGAACCAUCAACACCCGAACUAAAUAUAGAGAAGCUCAUCGAUGAAGAUAUCGAAACAGAGCAAGGAGACGAAGAAGAAAACCUAGAAGAUUUAUACUUGCCACCUUCACCACCAAGAUCACCACCUCGAGAGAUUGACCCCAAUAAAUUGUAUGGUCUUUAUGAUUUUUCUGGUCCAGACCCUUCCCACUGUACUCUUCAGCGUGAUGAACCAGUACAUCUAAUAAACGACGAAGAUAAUUAUUGGUGGUUGAUUCGAAAAUUAACCAAGCAAGAGCGCAUUGAACGGGGAUUGCAGGAAAAAGGAGAAGACCAGGAAGUGGUCACUGACGAAGAAGAUGGUAAGGUUGGAUUUGUUCCUGCAGAAUGUUUGGAAACAUAUGGGGAAAGAUUAGCAAGAUUAAAUUGUUUCAAGAAUGAAGAAUUAGAGAAAAAGGAAUUGCCAUUGGAAUCAGUAGAAGGUGGAGAGACAGAAGAGGGUGACAAUUCAGUUGAUAGUUUGUCAUCACGUCAAAAUAAAAAAUGUAACAAAUCAGUUACUUUUGAAAGUUUAGGAGAAAUCACCGAUGAUGAUGAUGAUGAAGAAAACGAAGAAGACACUUUACGUCGACCACCAGGAUUUGGAUAUUUUAUCCAUGACAAAAUAACCCAAGAUGAAGAUAAACUGGAUGAAAAACAACUGGAAAUUCUUAGUGAUAUAUUCCCAGAGACUCCCCUCAAUCUUCCCAAACACAAGCGAUCUUCAGAUAAGAAACCAGAUAAGUUGAAUAUUGCAGAUGAUGCAUUUGAAGAAUUGUUUAUUCAGCCAAAACGUGCUAGUUUAAAUACAUUGGAUGAGAUAUCCAUCGGGUCAUAUUCCCCAGACACUCCAAGUAAGAAGGAAGAACCAGAAGAGGACGACAACUCUAGCUUAACAAGAUCGAUUAUCUUGGACCGUUUGAGGAAGGUUACUUCAGAUAUACAAGAGCAGAUGGAUCAAACCGACACCAGGAGCAAAGAACAUAUUCCAGAAGUUGAACCGCGUAAAGAGCCUAUCUAUAGCGAAAACCCAUAUCAGAGAACAGCACGACAAUAUUCCGGUACUAGUCCUGAGUAUACACAACCUGAUUCCGACAACAACACCCUGAUUCUCGAAGAGCCGCAUGAUGGUGGUGACGAGCAACUAUCACCCAAUUUACAAUCUUUGCCAACACCAGAAAAUUCGCUGUCUCAUUUAUCGCUUCAUAAAUCAAAAAAGGAAAGCAUAGAUGCAACUACAAGUAGUAGCUUGGAGGAUUUAAUAAUAACGCCUUCAACAAGCGUGAACUCUUCGAGCAACGACAUCAAGAAUGAACGAAGGAAACUGAAACCAGUGCAUGAGAUGUUUAUGCCGAUUUUAGGAAAGUUUGAUGAAUUAGCCGAGAAGUUGGCUGAAUUAGAUGAUAUUUUGAAUUCUUAAAAUAGAUAUUUACGAUUUAAUGAUAGCUAGAGACAAACCAGUAUGGUAUUGCUUAAUAUACAACUUAAUAUUCUGUA